AGUGCACUCACCACCACAGCUCCGCCAGCCCCGCUUCCCGCCCGCCGGGUCGACCCGAAGCGAGCCUCAAACGCCAGCCGAGAGGGUCAUGAGCCAGAGCGCCCCGGGGCGCCGCGGGGAAAGCGAGCGAAGAUAGCGGUUUCGUGCCCCCCUGGCCCUCGCCGCCUUGCCGCGCGUCCCCCGCGCUCCCAGCCCCUUCUGUCCUCUCCUUGGUCCCCGCCGCCGCCAUGGCCACCCUGCUCCGCAGCAAGCUGUCCAAUGUGGCCACGUCCGUGUCCAACAAGUCCCAAGCCAAGGUGAGCGGCGUGUUCGCCAGGAUGGGUUUUCAGGCGGCCACGGAUGAAGAGGCGGUGGGCUUCGCGCACUGCGACGACCUCGACUUUGAGCACCGUCAAGGACUGCAGAUGGACAUCCUGAAAACCGAGGGCGAGCCUUGCGGGGAAGAGGGCACAGAACCGCCCGUCGAGGGAGACAUCCAUUACCAGCGCGGCGAUGGGGCACCCCUGCCGCCCUCGGCUUCCAAGGACCAGGCCGUGGGGGCUGGUGGCGAGUUCGGGGGCCACGACAAACCCAAGAUCACGGCGUGGGAGGCGGGCUGGAACGUGACCAACGCCAUCCAGGGAAUGUUCGUGCUGGGCCUGCCCUACGCCAUCCUGCACGGCGGCUACCUGGGAUUGUUCCUGAUCAUCUUCGCCGCCGUGGUGUGCUGCUACACUGGCAAGAUCCUCAUCGCAUGCUUGUACGAGGAGAACGAGGACGGCGAGGUGGUGCGCGUGCGGGACUCGUACGUGGCCAUCGCCAACGCGUGCUGCGCUCCGCGCUUCCCCACGUUGGGCGGCCGCGUGGUGAACGUGGCGCAGAUCAUCGAGCUGGUGAUGACUUGCAUCCUGUACGUGGUGGUGAGCGGCAACCUCAUGUACAACAGCUUCCCGGGGCUACCCGUUUCGCAGAAGUCCUGGUCUAUCAUCGCCACGGCGGUGCUGCUGCCCUGCGCCUUCCUUAAGAAUCUCAAGGCCGUGUCCAAAUUCAGCCUGCUGUGCACUUUGGCUCACUUCGUCAUCAACAUCCUGGUCAUCGCCUACUGCUUAUCGCGAGCGCGCGACUGGGCCUGGGAGAAGGUCAAGUUCUAUAUCGACGUCAAGAAGUUUCCCAUCUCCAUUGGCAUCAUCGUGUUCAGCUAUACGUCGCAAAUCUUCCUGCCUUCGCUAGAGGGCAACAUGCAUCACCCCAGCGAGUUCCACUGCAUGAUGAACUGGACGCACAUCGCCGCCUGCGUGCUCAAAGGCCUCUUCGCGCUCGUGGCCUACCUCACCUGGGCGGACGAGACCAAGGAGGUCAUCACAGAUAACUUGCCUGGCUCCAUCCGCGCCGUGGUCAACAUCUUCCUGGUGGCCAAGGCGCUGUUAUCCUACCCGCUGCCCUUCUUCGCUGCUGUGGAGGUACUGGAGAAGUCGCUCUUCCAGGAAGGUAGCCGCGCCUUCUUCCCCGCCUGCUACGGCGGCGACGGCCGCCUCAAGUCCUGGGGGCUGACGCUGCGCUGCGCGCUGGUGGUCUUCACGCUGCUCAUGGCCAUCUAUGUGCCGCACUUUGCGCUGCUCAUGGGCCUCACCGGCAGCCUUACGGGCGCCGGCCUCUGCUUCCUGCUGCCCAGCCUCUUCCACCUGCGCCUGCUCUGGCGCAAGCUGCUGUGGCACCAAGUCUUCUUCGACGUCGCCAUCUUCGUCAUCGGCGGUAUCUGCAGCGUGUCCGGCUUCGUGCACUCACUCGAGGGCCUCAUCGAGGCCUACCGAACCAACGCGGAGGACUAGGGCGCGAGGGCAAGCUCCCGCGCUCUUCCCUCUCCCCACCCUCCCACCCCCACCAGCCCCGUGUGCCCUGCCGCCGCGCUUGGGAAGCCAAGCUUUAAACAUCUCUGGUUCCUAGUUUCUGAUUAUUGGGGGUGGGGGGUGGGACGGGAUAGGGAUCCACAAUCCAUCGCGUCUGCGUUUCUAUUGUCCUUUCUUUUCCACAACACCCUAGUUUCGGGGGAGGCGGGGAUGAAUUUUUGGGCAGGGUUAUCUGUCCUUCCAGGAGGGGCCCCGACUCUUUGGUCCCUGCCACCGAGGGACGAAGGAAGAGAGGGAGAGGGGGGCGCAGCUCGCAGGCCCAGAAACUUGACCUUGGGGGGACAUUUCACAGCCAUCCAGUGCUCGGAAUCUGCAGCGUCCAGCCAUUUCCAGCAAGAGCGCUUUCCAUUCCGGAGACAGUUCAACCCUGCAGCGGGAAAGGCAGGCCGGGAAAUCCGUUUCGGAUGGGAGAUUUCCUUCGUUGAAGCGGGGAGGCCAAAAGCCGCGACGGGGCCGGCUCGCUUGCCGGUUUUCAGGAAUCCAAACUCAUCUUGUGCAAUUUAUCAGGUUGUGGAACUGUUCUACUGUGCGUGUGGUGUGCUCGUGGUGAAUAAGAUGAAAUGUAUAUCAGAAAAAAAAAAUCUAUCUCUAGAGUGCGGUGCAUAAUUAUAUCCGCAAAUAAAGAAACAAAGGUGUA